AGUAGAGCGACGAGAUGCUAUGUUUCAUUUGUGUGCGUCAAGCAAGCCAAGCAAGUGGCGAGAAGCGUCAUUCUAUGUUUUGAGUUGAGCUCGUUCAAUUGGAUUUUGCAAUGAGGAUAAGAAUUUGUGACUGUUUAUGAAGUUUAAAAAAAUGUUUAAGUGUGACUAAGCAUCCAUUCCAGUGAGAGUUAUGAAUUAACCGGACAUUGCAACAAACUGAACGUUUGAAAGUGGCAUUUACAGUAGUGUCGACUUCAGAAGUUGUCGCAAAACAUUGCCUAACGUGAAUUUUUAUAUAAACAAUUUUGGUCGUAGUUAGAGAUGCAGUACGAAGAAUUUUAGAGAGUCAGCUUAAGUUUUGGAAAGCUGCGACUAGUGGACUGGUGAUUUUGUCAUGAUGAGAAAUGUGUUGAGAGUUGUGAGGACGAGCAGUGACUUUGUGAUAGUGUCAUCGCAUAUGUGGUGCAGCACCUGAGUGCGGGCGGCAGGUUAGCCGAGGACAGGAUGAGGGGGCAGAGGUGAAGUGUGUGUGAGGAGCGAGCGGCGCCACGGUGGAGCACCUGGUGGGAGGCGGCGGCGGGCUGGUGCCCGGCGCCUCGCCUGCGCCCGCGCACCACGCGCCCGCGCCUCAACUGCUGCAGCCCAUGGAGGACAUGAUCCUGCCACCAAAACGACAAGCUGUUGUUGACCGCCUACGACGGAGGAUUGAAACGUAUCGUCGGCGCCAAUCGGAAUGCGUGCCGAGGUUCGACCAGUCGUUCACUGGCGCCUGCGAGCAGCAGAACCUGGAGACCAGCGCGCUGCAGAAGAGAUUCCUCGAGGCCAAGACUAAGCGGCAAGCCAAGAAGAGCGACCGCAAGCCCGACCUGCCCGCCAUCAGCGGCAACUUGCACAGCAGCGUCCAUGUGCAACAAAAAUUCGGAUGCGGCGAUUACGAGCCGCCGGCGAAGCUGCAGUGUGGCGUCGGCGGCGGCGGCGGCGCUGGGGAGGCGCUCACCAAAUUCUCCGUGGAGAUCGUGCAGCAGUUGGAGUUCACGACGUCGGCGGCCGACUCGCAGCCGCAGCAGAUCUCCACCAACGUGACGGUGAAGGCGCUCGCCAACGCCGUCAAAACGUCCGGCUCGCCGCCGCCGCCGCAGCCCCCGCGAGCGCCCACGCCGCUCGACUGCGAGCGCGAGUGCAAGGCCGAGUGCAAGUCCGAGGUGGCCGACGACGAGUUCGUUGGGCUCGACGAGUGCGCCGCCGCGCUCGAGCGGGACGCCGCCUCCGCCUUCCCGGGGCUCGCGGACCUCAUAGGCGAGGACGACGGGGACGACGCCUUCGAGGACCUCAUCACGGAGAUAUCGGAGUAUCCGGAGUUCAUGAAGGACUUCGACCUGGACGGGGGCAAGGCUGCGAGCGCGGAGCCAGCGGAGGGCGAGACGCCGCGGGCGUACUGCGGCGCGACGGGCGGCGAGAUGUCCCCGGCCGCGCAGACGCUCAAGCACAUGGCGGAGCAGCACCAGGCGGCGGCGGGCGGCGACUGGCGCUACCGCGGCGCCUACGCCGGCUAUCGCGCGCGCGCGCCCGAACAUCUGCACAUCCACCAGCACCAGCAGCUGCACAUACAGCAGCCGCACCAUAACCUGCAGGUGUCAGCAGCACAGCACAUGCAGGCGAGCGUGGGCGGCGGGCACGUGUCCGUGGCGGCGCAGCAGGGCAUGUACGCCAGCUUCCAGCACCAACCCUCGCCGCAGCACCACCAGGGCGCUGGAUGCGAGUCGUACUCGGUGUCGCAGUCUCAGAGCAUCAACUUCGGGCAGGUGCUGCGCGCGCGGCCCGCUCCUGCGCCCGCGCAGCCUGCGCCGCCCCACCAGCCGCUCGCAAAUUAUGAUCGUCAAGCAGGCGUCGUGGCCGCGGGCAUCUCCCGCGAGCAACAAGCGAAGAUGUUACAGCAACAGCAACAGCAGAUGUUACGCGCGCAGCAGCAAAUGCGGCCACCGCCGCCGGAGUACAAAGCUCGCUUCGCUAACUCCGGCGUGCCUGGGGGUGUUCCUGGGGGCGUGCCGGGGGGAGUUGGGGGUCCGCCGGGGGGUGUGGGUGGAGCUGGGGGCGCGCGGCGCGGAGCCGCGGCCCCUCGUGCGUUCCCCCCACACGCGCGGCAGUACUCGCCCGAGUGGAGGCACGUACUCAUGCAGCAGCAGGCCGCCGCCAGGCAGCAGUUCCCGCACCACCAUCAAGGAUUCGGCAUGGGCGGCAUGGGCGGUGGCAUGUCGCAGCAGCAGCAGCAACAGAUGCAGCUGCAGCAGGCGCGGCUGCAGCAACAGCAACUGAUGCAGCAUCAGCAACAACGGACGAGCCAACAAUCUCCGAUGUCGCAUCUCAUUAUGCAACAACACCAGAUGAUGAGCGUGCAAGGACAGAUGCCGAAUAUCCACAUGAACCAGUCACAGAACAUGUCGAUGCAGCAAGGCAUGGGCGGCAUGGGACACCAGGGCAGUCCCAUGCAGAACGGGCCCAUGGGUCAGGGAGGCAUGCACGCGCAGCCCAACCCCAUGCAGAACUCCAUGAUGGCACAGAACAGCCCAAUGGGACAGAACGGGCCCAUGCAAGGUCAGAACGGCCCUAUGCAGGCUCAGAAUGGCCCUAUGCAGAAUCAGAAUGGCCCUAUGCAGAAUCAGAGUGGGGGCAUGCAAGGUCAGAAUGGCCCCAUGCAGGGUCAGAGCGGGCCCAUGCAGGGCGGCGGCGCGCUGGGCGGCAGCGACUCGUUCCCGUCGCUGCACACGACGUCUUCCUUCACGGGGCAGCCCGCGGACUUCAACCUGGACUUCCUCGACAACAUGCCUUCCACGGACGCCAGCAACCUCACGGCGCAGGAGCUGCUCAACUCGCUCGACAACUCCUUCCUCAACGACAUCCUCUAAGCCCCGCGCCGCCGCCGCCGCCGCGGACUGGUACUCUCUACUUCCUUCCUAAUUGACCCUUUGUACGGGCGAUUAGAAGCGUCCGCACAGGGCGGUAUUCGUAACACGUUUUUAAGUCAGAACGUUCGAGUUUGCGACCAAUAAAAACGAUCAUGACCAAAGUUUAUCAAACAGGAAUUUAACACCAGAAUUUAAUGGCUAAAAGAUCAUUUUAUAAAUAAGUAACGGAAAUCUUCCAAUCUCUUAAUACUUUCGGAAGCGUUGUUUUAUAUAGACUAUUUAUUGUCAAAAUAUCCAUUUCAUACUAUUUAUAGUUUUAAAAAAAUAUUGUUAUUACUUCUUUUGUAAAUAUUUUACUGUAAUUUUAAGAUGUUUGUUUAAUAUUAUAAAUAUUAUGAUAUCAGUGAAAACAUAAUACCAGGACAAUCACAGAAAUGUUCCCACACGAGUCGAUUCAUAUUACUUGAGAAAUUUUGGCUUUUUUAUUCGCUUCAAUAAUGGACAGUUUUAAUUAAUUGUAGUAUUUAUUUCGGAUAUUAGUACAUAAUAUUGAAGCACAAAAGACAAACGAGUUAUCUAUUUUAUUUACACGCCAUGGAUUUAUUUAUGAGAAGGACGAUAGAUUUGGACAAUAGAUAUAUAGUUUUUAAGUUUUGAAUAUGAUAUUGCACAUGAAAGGUUUAAUUUAUUUCUUGACUGCCUCGGGCCCCGUCGACCUUACCGACCCCCUCUGAGGUCUGAGGCUGCUGUAAGGUCGGUCUCUCCGCCUGAUUAUGGCCCAAUCCAUUUUAUAUUAUAGUGCAAAUGUAAAUUUUUAUGUAAUUACGUUUAAAUUAAGAUCAUUCCCGUACCUAAGAUAAAAGUAGGUUAUACUGUGAUGUCGGUCUCAAUGGUCAAUAGGUAAUAUUAUAGUAUCAAUUAUUAUAAAUAGAUAGAUUAUUGUUAUUGUUAAGGAUCUCAUGUAUCAUUUAGGGAGGGGGGUGCGGGAUUCUGGAAUCGUCUUGUUAUUUUAUUAUUUUGUUCAAUGAAGUCAUUUUUGUAUCGAAAUUUAUCAAUUCCAGUUUCUUUACCAUAGUUUAUAUUAUUCUUGAAACUUGUAGUGAAAUUGUAACUCGGCCUUAUCGAGGCUGAAGGCGCGACGCAACAAUACUGACCAAUAAUAAGGUUUGAUGCAGCUCUCUUAAUAUGUUCAGUGAACACUGAUAUAUAAAUCUAAUUAUUGUGAAUGACAGUAACAUUCCAGAGCCAUUGUUAACGAUGUUUUAACUUAGGACCAAUUUUUAAAUGUUCUUUUGAAAAUAAUAUUGCAUAUUGAG